CUUCUUGGACCUGAUCUUCAAGAACGAACCGUCGAGAAUGAAGUUCUGCGUGGCAACUGUUCUUUCAAUCGCCCUCCUUCUGGGUAACUCCGUCAACCUCCGAGCUUCCGUUACUGGGCCGGCUCCCUCGGACGGCGAUGGUCCUGCGUCGCAGGUGUGUCCGAUGUGCUGCCAGGGACCUGCUGCAAUACCCGGCAUGCCAGGUCUGCCUGGACCGUUCGGUCAGCCAGGUCCAAAGGGUGAAGUUGGGGUUACUGGGCCUAAAGGUGAUGAAGGGAAAAAGGGUGAGCCUGGGGAGACAUCACACUGCUGCACCCAGCAGAUAGCAUUCAACGCGGUGAGGACGAGCGACUCGGAUACAUCUACGAGUGGCGACACCCGUAUGCCCUUCCAGGAGACCAAGACGCUUCUGCCGGGUACCAGCUUCGACCUACAGAUUGGCACAUUCACGUGUAACGUGUCGGGUACCUAUGUGUUUAUGUUUGCUGCGUGCAAACAUCCUUCAAGCAGCUCUCUGUCCGUUUAUCUCCGGAAGAACGGCGACUGGAUUGCCAAUGGCUAUAGCAAUGAUUCAAGUCACUAUGAGCUUGUGUCUGGGAGUGCGGUGUUGGUUUUGCGGCGUGGAGACACGGUGUAUUUAACCUAUCGCGGUAGGGCGCAUAGUAAUAGCAAUCACGACAUCACAUUCAGUGGCUUCCUGCUUUACCCUGAAUAAAUAAAACAAUCACAUAAGAUACGCGAGCAUCGUGUUGCUGAUUUUUGUUUAAUCACUUUCCAUUUUACCGAAACAAUAACCAAUGAAUUAAAAGAAAUAGUGUCCAAUGUCACAACAAUAUCAUUAUUGUAAAGGUGUUUGUAUUGGGCAUGCGCCGAUCUGUAUACAACAAUAGAUUGACACUGUGUGUGUGCAUGUUUAUAGCUUUAUGUAUGACUGAGAAUUUUUUCUUCAUAGUAAGGUAGCUAAUUGUUAGAAACCAAACAACACCAUGCUUUCAUUUAAGCAGCGCCACCAGAAUGUCUAGCCCUCGCAAAUUGUGUGUAAACGAUAACCUGACCUAUACCAGGAAUUCGUUAAGGCCAAAUUGCCAACCGCCAACCGUUUAUUUGCUACAUUUGGCUAUAAUUUCUCCGAGAAUAAAUGACACCAUUAUUUGUGUUAUUGCGUAAUUUAUGAAAUAAACAUGUUCAUUAAAAUAAUAUCUUUAUAGGUAUGCUAAAUUAUAUAAAAACGUAUAAAAGACAUACAGAAGAACAAACAAAAUAUUUACCUACCUACCUGGAUAAUUUUAGGGCGUUACUGUAAACACAAUUUGUUUCUUGGCCUUAUGUUCCCUAUAUGACCAACACAUAUGAUGUCAAUGUAAUCCAUCCAAUGUUUCACCUUUUAUUUCAUGUCACGAACAAAUUCUCAAGCGAUUCAAUCCGACUUAAAGCUUGACAUUUGGAAUAAUAAUUGUUUGAAAUAUUUUAAUGCUAUUCAUAGCAAUUUGUUGAGACGCUGAGGCCUGCAAGGAAAAUGGUACAGUUUAAAGGUGCUUUGGAAAAUAGAAUACACUGUUUUUUUGUUAAAUGUUUGCAUUAUUCGUCACAUUAUAAUAUGUGAGAAUUAUAUACAAGUAACAAUUGGCUGGCUAUGAAAACAGUGAGAUCACUUUAUAGUAUUUCAAGUAGAUUUUUUGUAUUGAUCUAAUUUGUAACACGAUAUUUGGACAAGAAUUUCCCGAGGUGUGAUCCAUAUUUCAUUGUAUAAGGACAUUAAUGUUCACACAUUAUAACGGGACUUCAUUUAUGUUCUAAACAUUUGGUAAUACACUAUUUUUGCACGAAUUCAACCCAAAUUCACAGACAAGUAACGAUUGAAAGACAUUUUAGCCAUUUAACUGAAAACAGUUGCGAUCAUUUGUCGUGAAAAUGAAGGAGCAAAACCCAAUCUGGAACAUGUAAACAUAUUUUCUUUAGAAUACAAGUCCUUGAAUAGUUUAUGAUUGUUAAAAUUGUAAUCACUUUGAUAUUAAAAGAUUCCUGCAUAUAAAGUCAGUCA